AUGAAACCUUUAAGUGCAACCCUCAAUGUACAGACCAGUGUCUUGUUUCGUCCCGCCAGGACGAUGGGUGUAGUGACGGACACACCGCCUUUCUCGCUCCAAAAGCUGGGAACUGCCGAUUUCGUCACCGUCGCUUCAGGUAACAGCUACCAGGUCUACGACACUGAGAAAUUACGUCUGUCCUAUCUGUCGCCAGAGUUCAACGAACGCGUACGUGCGAUUUUAACCGUCGGCGAGACGACGUUGACGGCUCUGGCGGACGCGGUUGUGGUCUGGCGAAAACAAGUGGAAAUAGGUAGAUUUGGUCCUGCUGGCGUGUGCAAAAAUGUGCGACAAAUGUGCAACAUAGGCGGGCAAUACGUGAUCACAGUGGAUAGCAGUGGUCUCGACUGUCAGGUGUGGGAACUGAAUGCUGAUACUAGCGCAUCAGGAGCAGGAGCACCUACUCCAAUCGGCGCAAGUUCAUCUCGUAACAAGUGCAAUCCGCGAUUGCAUGGACGAAUCCAACCUGUGAAAGCAGGAGAUCGCAUUCUCAGUGUCGCAACGGUGCCAACUUUUUUAAACAAGGUGCUCAUCGGAACGGAGAAGGGUGACCUGAUCUUGGUCAAUGUGAGAACGUUAAAACACGUAUUCUGCUUUCAAAAUCAUCGAGAGGUGGAAGCUGGUUCUAGAAGAUCUAUGAAGAAGAAAGCUGGAGAUUCUGAGUCCUCAGAAGAGGAAGAUAGCACCUCAGCUGCACUUUCGGCAGACGAGAUGAACGAAGAUAAUGAUGAGGAUCUUGCUCAAGACGGCGCCAAAGAGAACAAAAACGCCAGCAGCGGAGAAGAUGGUAUAACAUGCAUCGCCGCUUGUCCUACUGUGCUUGACGUAGUAGCGCUGGGAUUCGCUUCCGGUCGCGUACUCGUGUUUCACGCCAAGAAAGACGAAGUUUUAGUCGAGUUCCGUCAAUCUAACGGAGGCCGAAUCCAUUCGCUGUCGUUCCGCAGUGACAAACUCCAGAAACAACAGCAGCUCAUUUCUGCAAGUGAGAUUGGCUUUGUCGUUUGGGACCUCACGAAAAAAGCCGUCUCCCACGUCGAACCGGUGCUGGAGUGCGCAAAAGCUUGUUUCCUUCAGCAACAGCCGUUUCUAGUUGUUCAGGGCAAGAAUUCCCUUUACAUGUUCGUGUUCGAUACGCCUGACGGCUUGCCGAGACCACUGAGAUCCAGAAAGGGAACGACCGGACCAAUUCGCGCCAUGCAGUAUUACCAACAGGACGGGCACGAAUUGUUGGUAGCAUGUGAAAACACGGUCGCAAAAAUCAGUACGAUCCAAGCUCACCAGAAUCGAGAGUUCUCACCAGCGGCUUUGCCCGAAAAACUGCCGCCGAUCACGACACUCAGCUUUAGCGCAACAAGACACUUUGACUGGCCAGCGGUUGUCACGGUACUAGAAUAUGUUUCUUUGGAAGUAGACGAUGGAGAUACUUAGGAAUAGAGAUAGAGAUAGCCUCCUGGAAAACAUUCACCUUGACAGUAUGUCAUAAUGAGGAGAAUACAACAGCUAAAUGCUUAGCAGAACUACCUGUUACAAAUACAACUAAAUUCAUCGGAACUCCUUGUUACAAAUACAACUAAUAAUUCAUCGAAAUAUCAUCAAAAUUACAGGCUCACCGCGAUUGUCGCACUGCGUAUUUAUGGUCCGCUCAGUACCAGAGCUUGAUCCCGAAGAAAAUUGAGCGCUCAGACAAAAGCCUUAGUGCCGUCACGGGUCUUACGGUCACGGCCUGUGGUAAUUGGACAAUCGUCGGGUAUGCUGACGGAACCCUCCACCGUUUCGCCAUUCAGUCUCAACAGUCACGAGGCGAAUUUUCCAGGAAAGGAGCAGUUGUGAACGGCCAAACGACUAGGCUGUCUGCACACGCAAGCUCGGUGACCUGUGUCACAGUCACGAAAGAAUUGGAGGUACAACUUGAACGUAAAAAAAUGAAAAUGAAAUCGAAAAAAUUCAUUCGCAGACACCUCCCUUCUUGACCUCCUUCUUUUUCAUCAUCUCUCUGGAUGUGUUUACUUCUGUAGUCUCUCUGUCAAAUCUUCUCCAAAAGGUGAUCAGCGGUUGUUCCGAGGAGAAGGAUCCUUAUUUGCGUGUCUGGAGACAGCGCACACAGGAAUUGCUAGGUGAAAUCCGCUUACCGACUGGAGCCCGCUUUUUCACGCGCCCUCUAGGAUCGUUGCUUGCAGUCGCACUCAUUGACGGCUCCGUCGCUGUCGUAGAUUUGCUCUCGAAGCGUGUGGUGAGACACUUCAAGGGCCUCAGCUCUCAGGUGCUGGCUUUGGCGUUUCGCAAAGAUGGUCGAUGGCUAGCCGUCAGCUCAGUGAGUGGCAAAGUACACGUCUUCGACCUCGCGUCGGCUCGCUGCAUCGACGUUUUGCGGUUCAGCUCUCCGGUGUUGAGUUUGGAGUUCUCUCCGAACAGCGCAUACCUUUUGACUUGUCACCCAAAAACCGCAAGGCUAGGUGCCGUCCACGUUUGGGCCAACAAGUUCCUGUUCGAAUUGGACCAUAGUGCGCCAUUGCUGAGAGCAGAAACCGAUAUAGCCAGUGUUGGUGUUGAAAUGGACACAAAGCCUAGCAGUUCUGCUGCAUCCUCAUCUCUAUCCUCAACAUCUCCUGCCCUGAAAAAGCCGAAGUACAUUGCCGAAGCAGUCGGAAACAAAACUGCUGCAACGAUUGCUGAUACCACAGAAGCCAUGAAGAGACUGGAGAAGGAGAAAGCGGGUGAUAGUGACAAAUCUAGCACAAGUGUUGAAGCUUGGCGUGAUGCUGAAGACAUAUCAGAACAAAAAUCUUAUGAUGCUUCUGCUGACAGUUCUGAGAACUUGGAUGAAAAAGAAAUCGAAAAACUCUUCAAACAGCUAGAUGAUGUCGGGCGACAGGAGGAGGACCAAGAAGAUGGAGCAGUUUCUAGAGGUACGACAGAGUUGAAGCUCUCUGGCGUUCCCACCUCAAAGUGGGAAUCUAUUCUCCAUUGGGAAGCGAUCAAGGAACGAAACAAGCUAGCUCAACCUGAGAAGGCGAAGAAGGCUGCGCCGUUCUUUCUUCCGACGACCUAUGAGGGUGCCGAAGCGAAGUUCUUGAAAGUCACAACUCCUGAUGGUGCAGAGGGAGACGAGGAUCCAUUUGCGGUCGCAGAAGCUGCGAUCGCAGCCGAAAACGAAAAACUAUCCAGUGGCGACUUGCUAGCUGGGUCAGGUCUUGAUUUGAAAGACAACAGUAGUUUCUUCCUGGGCGGUGAAGUAGGAGGUUCUUCUUCAUCUACGUCUCCUGCGACUGGUGGAGCGGCUGCUGCUAGUGCUGCAAACAAAAGAGGCAACAACACUAAAGGAUCGACGUCUAGUAGUGGUACAGCUUCAACAAGACUCCUGAAUUUCGAAACAACCUCAAAAAUCGGACUUUUCAAUGAUAAAAAUGCCUUUUCAUCAACGUUGCAGAAACUGCUGAGGAGAAGAAGAGAUGAUGGUGGAGCAGAAAAAUCGUCAACGGCAAUACUCGAUCAGGAGAUCCUAGUGUACCUUGAGAACCAAACCCAGUCAGGAGUUCACUUGGCACUUUCCGAGCUGGGUCCGCUUGCUGGCGGCGACGACGAGGAACUGACCCAGAUGCUAGACUUCUUCCGAACACAGCUGAACACUGGUUUGCACGCAGACCUACUGCAAACGUACCUAGCAGUUUUUCUAAGGAAACACCAUGCCGACCUAGACCACAGCAGUGACCUAUUGCUGCAGUUGAGUGAAGCGCAAGACAGAACGUGGGGAAUCGUUCAGGCAAAGUUUCAAAAAUGCAUCUCCUUCUUACGAAUGCUCACGCAAACGCAAACGCAAUGGUAACCAUGAGUUGGUCGCCGGGUGGGUCGUUAACUCAAGUGGUGUCGCAAAAAAUUCAAAAGAAAAGUUCAGGCAUCCUUGAACUCACCGAGCAUCUUACAUUGGUGUCCUAUUUCUCCGCAAUUUCUCAAACUGACUCUUGCACUAAGUAGAACCAAACUGAUAUCUAGCAUUACUAUGCGGCUGGC